UGGCAGCGCCAGAAUAUGAAAGUUGCGCCUGCGCCGACGUCGACGCUGACAUCGAAGCUCUCCCGUCCGAUUAGGAAUCAGUUGCGAGGCAGAAGCGCGCGAGUCCAGAACGUUAACCGGAGCAACCUAGCAUCAUCAGCGCAAAGAGAUGGCCUGGAAGACUUUCCUGCUACUGCUGCUAGCAGCAGAGACGCUGGUCUCUGGCACCCCCUUGGUCUCCACCACGGAGCCCCUGCCUUCCCCGGCACCGGCUGCCGGUGUUGAACAGAGCCCCAACAUCAAGGAGGAACAUUUUCCGGCCACGGCUCCGCCCCAUGCAAUCGAGUCCAGCGGCACCAGUGGCCAACCCAUUGCACUGCAGCCUCCGCCCAUACCAGCGGCCGCCGGAUUAGAGGACACAGACUCGUUACGUCGUCGGACCAUCACCUACGAUCAGAGACAGGAGGGACAGUACAAUAUACGCGCCGAUCUGGAGAAUUUCAUGAUCCUGCUGAUUCCACCCGGUCCGCAGGAGGGCAUCAGCCUGCUGGAACUUUUAGGCAGAGGAUCAUCCAAAUCGAGCGGAGCCAGCUUACGCAAGCCUUCCCUUAGAAGCAAUUCCUUGAAGUCCAUCUACCAGAAGAGGCAGAAACUACAGCAGCAAAAGCAUCAGGAUUCCUUGCCAGCUGCGGCUCUGCCAGAAUACAUCGAAGGUCGAUCCCCCUACCACGUGGACAUCUCAGCUAGUGAUCCCGAGCAGGCGCAGCGUCUGCAGCGCCAACAGGUGGACGUACUCCCACCACAACUGAUUCCCAUGCCGCAGCUGAUCAAACCCUUUCACCUCGAGGCGGAGCCGGAGUUGAUCCAGGCCCUUCCUCCAGUGUCCGCCGGCAGUAGCAGUAGCAGCAGCAGUGUGGGAUCGAAUUUCUUCGAGGGUUACAAUAACCCCGCAUCCCAGUAUUUCCGCAGCUCUCGCUCCCUGCGCGGUGACAGCUACCUUAAUACCAAUCGCCUGUCUGGCGGUGACUACGGCAGUAGUCCGCGCUCCAUUAGUGCUCCGAUAUACCGCGGCGAAUUUGGUGGUGCUGGUAAUGGAAUGUAUCCCCCCAUCGAUGCCCCAUCUUACUUCGUGGAUCAAGCUCGCAGCUCCUGGCAACUGGACGAGGAGCCCACAAAGGUGCAAGCUGUCGAGCCGGAGAUAGUCAGCUUCGAUCUACUGUCCGACGACGAUGACUUGACCGAUUCCCGGACCCUGCUCCGUGACGGCUUGGCCCGCUGCGCCCGUGGAGAGCGUCGGGAUAGCUACGGGGCUUGUCGCCAGAUCGAGGGCUACUAAGGGAGGAGCGAGAACUGCCAGACUGCCAGCCUAAAUGUUAGUUUCAUUUUAUUUUGC